AUGCCAGCCUAUCCCGCUGUGCCGGUAGCAAACAGUUUGUUGACUUUCCUAUCCGCCGCCUCUGCCGCCGCAGCCACAAUUACUAGCAUCAUCACUACGACUAGGAGCUCGUCAUUAUCUUCAUCGUCACCUUCAGCCUUCUCUAACCUGCGCCAGGACCUGGAACUGGACCUUGGCCGGAAGUAUAAGCAAGUGCAGGCACGUAAUCAAACACCAAAGUUACUCAGCAAAAAUGUUCCAGCGUGUGCUCUGCCCUGUCUUGAGGCCUUCAUAUCAUCAGAGAAACCUUGGGAAGGGUGUCCAGAACCUCUCGAUGUCAACUGUCUUUGCAAAUCCAGGUCAACGACGGGAUACACUGUUGCGGAAGCCGCCUUGCGUUGUGUUGCUGAAAACUGCCCAAACUCCGAAGUAGAGCAGCACGCAGUCUACGCUAUAUGCUCCGGAGUUGAAGGUGCCCUGCCAAAUACCCAUACUGUGAUAGGGAUAUCCUCAACUGCCGCCCCUAAACCAAGUUCAAUGACUUCUCAACCUCCGACCAUGACCUCCGCGGCACCCAAGGAGCCUGCCCCAGCUCCUCCAAAUCCCACUCCUCCAACUCCAGCACCAGCACCACCUCCGCCAGUGUCAGAUACAACCAUGUCCAUGAUGGCAACAUCGACACAAAUGUCUCUACCGCAAAUCACAACUUUACCCAUGACUUCAGUGACCCGAAGUGGUAUACCAGGUGUAGGUAUUCCGACGGACACAAUCGACUUCACCUUCGUCUACUCGUCAGAAACAGGGUCGGCAUCAGCUACUGGCGAGCCGGGCGCUGGAGGCCACUCGAAUCAGCUAGUCGGCCUCUACGUCGGUGGCGGAAUUGCCAUGGCAUCUCUCAUUACACUUGUACUAUUCUUUAUCUUCCUCAGCAGGCGCAGACGGAGAGCCAAACAAGGGCAGGAGAGCGAAAAGGGUCAGCAAGGGCGGUAUCAUAAUAUCGAUCGUGCUAUGAGUGAUUCGAGAACUACGCCUGCCUUGAGCCUAUCGAAAUCUUCUUCUAACAAUAGGAGUAUAUCGUCUCGACCCCGGACAUUGCUACCUAUCGAUAUGAUGCCAUGCUCAGUUGCAUAUCUUCAUCGGUCCACUAGAGACUUGGAAAAUGAGUACGCAAGCUCUAGAGGGCAUAGCGCGGCCUCCCAACGAACACAGUCAGACUUAUUACCGGACAACCCUCACGACGGCAGUUCAGCUGGGUCCCGCGGUACAGAGAGAGAACGUGUUCACAGCCCGUUUGGAGACGCCUGUAGCAACCGGGGACCUUCACCCAAGAGCAUAUCGCAGUCCGUGGUUGACCCCCUCCGCAGUGCGUCCUCGCUCAACUACAGCCCGGCAUUAGUGCAAGCCAACCAGAGAUCCACUCAGAGCCCACACAACUUCAAUAGUGGAUUUGGAUAUGCUACCAACAGUCCUAGCCGAAAUCAGAGUCUAUCCCCUGAUUCUAGGUUCCUAGCUGUGCCGUCGAAAGUUCACGCCGCUCAGGGACGAAGCCCGGCAAACUCAAGGGACCAAUUCCAACCGUCUAUGACCAGCCACUUGGCUCCCUCAUACACACCUGAACCGUUUUCAUCCAGGAGCAUACACUCAUACACUAGCCAUAUACCACGCCAGCUCAGUCCCGUGCGAGAAGUGCCCAGCACUGGGCCCCCCAGUUCAGCGGGCACACCCGAUAUCCCUCAACCCGCAUACCACCGCUCAGGGCACCUAUCCGCUUACGCUGGGAGUGACGACGCUAGCGAAAUGUCCGUCCAAACCUACUCCAAGCUUGUUCCUCCACCCCUAUCAACCCACAACACAGUCUCAGGCAACUACCUCACAGAAGCACUGCCUGACCACUCCCCGACACUCCCUAAGGCCAUGCUCGCCGGCUCCGUGUCCUCGUGUUGUUCUACACCGCGAAGCAGCAUAGAACACAACCCAAACAACCUCCGUCAUCAAACGUCAACGGCAUCAAGCAAGAAGCCAAGCAGCCUUCUCGUCAAACGCCGAGGGGAGAAGGUAGCGGAUAAAAUGGGCAAUGAAAUCACGCUUCCUGCGAAAGUACAACGGCCAAUCGAGAUUGAACAUGAUCAAAUUCAUGAAGAUGACGACAACAAUUCUAUCCGCUCGUCCUCGUCGCUGUCUCGCUCGAGUAGCAACGCACUCUCUCGUUCGAAUACUCUUCCCUGUCGCAUGCACGAUAAUACCGCUGCAUCCACCGCGUCCUCUUCAAAGGGGUACAAUAAGAUAACACCAUCAAAGCGCGGCGGGGACAUGUACCUCAGCAUCGAAUAA